AAUUUUUGUGUGUCUAUUUGUAAAUUAGUUAAAAAAAUCUAUUUUUUUAACAAGUAUUAUUUUCUUUUUAUUAAAUAAAGUAUUCCAACCAAAUAUUUAACAUGUUUGGCUGGAAUAUACAUGAUUAUGAUAUAAAAUUGGAACUGGCUAAAUGCUCUAAUGGCACUGUUUAUAUGGCCAAAUAUUUACCCAAUGAUCAGCAUGUAGCUUUAAAGCGAUAUCAUUUGGAAAGAACGACCAAAGAAGAGGCGGAAAAUAUACGUGAUGAAGUAUUGGCCAUGCGACACUUUAGUCAUCCCAAUCUGCAUAAAUUCUAUACAACAUUUGUAACCGAAUUUGAUUUGUGCGUAGUAAGUCCGUUGAUGUGUUUUGGCAGUUGCCGAGAUACCAUUAGAAAUUGUUUUCCCACAGGUUUUCCAGAAAUUCUUAUUGCUUUGAUAAUGCGUGAUGUUUUGUCGGGUCUAGAGUAUUUACAUAGACGCGGCUAUAUACAUCGUUCUGUUAGAGCCAGUCAUAUAUUAUUGAAUCAAACGAAAGCUGUUUUAACGGGCUUUAGAGAUUGUACUAGUUUUAUGUCUCAUGGUGGCCGUGUCACUGCCCUACAUCAAUUACCUCCCCACAGUAUACGCAGUUUAAAUUGGUUGGCUCCCGAAGUUUUGGAACAGAAUCUUAUUGGUUAUAAUGAAAAAUCGGAUAUUUAUUCGAUAGGCAUAACCUGCUGUGAAUUGGCUAAUGGAGUAGAACCUUUUGCUGAUUCCCAACCCACAUUUAUGUUUACCGAAAAGAUUAGAGGCAAUGUGCCCACAUUAUUGGAUCGUUCUACCUGUCCGGCGGUAGAUGAAAUGAUAGAAAUCAUAGCCACUGCUAAUAAAACGGAUUCAACUAUAGCCGCUGAAACCCAACAAAUCUAUUUGCAACGCAUGUUUUCCGAUGAAUUCCAUCAGUUUACGGAAAUUUGUAUGGAAAAGAAACCCAGCAAUAGAUGGUCAGCUUUAAAGCUUUUAUCACAUUCAUUUUUCAAACAAUGUCGCCAUAAUAGUAUUCUAGAUGUAACCCAACGUUUUGGCAUGCAAUUAUCCGACUAUGACCAGUUAAGAGAUGAAAGCCUGCAGUUGAAUGAAGAAUUAAAUGAUUUAAACUUAAAUGAUUCUAACAAUUGGCAGUGGGAAUUUUGAUUUGAAAUAGUUUAACUAAUUAUAAGUUGUUUGUUUUGUUGAAAUGAAAUAAAAAGUAGUUUUUGUUUUUUCUUUUCUAUGUUUAAUACAAAAAAAUUAGUAAAUUAUGUGUUUG